GGCUUAAUGGCCGCCGCCGAGCGGUGGCGCGGCCGGUGAGUGAGGGGGAUCCCAGCUCUGACGGGACGGGGACAGUUGGGUCAGGGAGGGUUCUAGGGACACCGCCCUGACCGGCCCCACCGGGCUCUGGACGGGGAAAAGCCGUGGUGGGACAGCUCAGGGAAGGAUGAGACAUGUCCUCCCCCCUUCAGACACGCGGUUGAUUGACACCAAGUAUCUUUGAAGACCUUUCUUCCACCUUGAAAAGUGCACGGAGAAGGAAAAGAUCACGUGAAAGAGAUUCUCAACACUUUAAAGAUUGGUGUCUUGGCCUUGAGUUCUAGGUGCUCCUUUCAUCAAACAGGAAGUCAUCAAUACAUCAAAAAGAAGUUUCCCAUGGCAGAGCAUACAGAGAGUUGCACAUCACCUGUACUGGCUUUACAUUUUAAGCUACCUUAUGCUCUUGGUUGAAGAUGGCAUCAUGCCUUUAUGAAUGCCUUUGUGAAGCAGAACUUGAAAAAUACUUUUCCCACUUUGCCGCCUUUGGUCUUCAGAAAAUUGAUGAGCUUGCCCAAGUUUCCAUGGAAGAUUACACCAAACUGGGGGUCCAUGACAUAAAUGACCGCAAGCGUCUUUUUCAGCUCAUUAGAAUAAUAAAAAUUAUGCGAGAGGAAGGCAUUGCAGACUUAAACAAACAAGACUUAAAACCACGUGGCCUUUUCAUUCAGCCUCAGGUGACCAGGUCAGGACCCCGUAGACAGCUACGUUUCGAGUCCUUCUGUGAAGAUGAUGAUGGAAUAGUUAGAGAGUCUGAAUCUGAAGUGUAUCAUUCACCUGAUUUCAGUGCCAAUGAAGAGAAGAACAGUGUAGGGGAAAUGCUGGGACACAUUCUACCACACAAUUCUGAGCCCAUCAGAUUAACUAGAAGAGACCUAAAUAUUGCUGGAAUAGGUACAAAAAAUGACCUCAGCUGUCCAGCAGUUUCUGAUGAUAUUGCUCCUCUCCUGGGGGAUUCUGAAGCUCCUAUUGUACAAAGAGUAACUCAUAUUUCAGGUUAUAAUUAUGGACUGCCUCAUUCCUGUGUCAGAUCCAAUACUUUCGACAAAGAGACUCCAUGGACAGAGAGAGAGAAAAUCAGAGUGUGUGUCCGAAAACGUCCUCUCUGCCAGAGGGAGGAGAGACGUGGGGAGGUUAAUAUAAUCACAGUGAAAGAUAAAGAAACCCUACUUCUCCACGAGAAGAAGGAGGCAGUUGAUCUUACACAAUACAUUUUACAGCAUGUUUUUUAUUUUGAUGAAGUCUUCGGGGAGUCAUGUACCAAUCACGAUGUGUAUAUGAGGACAGCUUACCCUCUCAUUCAGCAUAUUUUUAGCGGAGGCAAUGCAACUUGUUUUGCAUAUGGGCAGACUGGUGCUGGCAAGACUUACACCAUGAUAGGCAAUCACCGGAACCCAGGACUCUACGCCCUGGCUGCCAAGGACAUCUUUAGACACCUGGAAACUUCACCAUCCAGGAAAGAUCUUCUUGUUCUGAUCAGUUUUUAUGAGAUCUACUGCGGACAGCUUUAUGACCUACUAAAUGAAAGGAAAAGACUUUUUGCAAGAGAAGAUGGCAACCACGUUGUUCAGAUAGUUGGACUGCGGGAAAUUCAGGUGGAUUGUGUAGAUCAUCUGUUGGAGGUAAUUUUGAAGGGGGGAAAGGAACGUAGCACAGGAGCUACUGGAGUCAACUCAGAUUCCUCUCGGUCUCAUGCCAUCAUCCAAAUUCAAAUUAAAGACACAGCCAACAGGGCAUGUGGAAGGAUAUCAUUCAUUGACUUGGCUGGCAGUGAAAGGGCAGCUGAUGCCAGAGACUCGGAUAGACAAACAAAAAUGGAAGGAGCAGAAAUAAACCAAAGUCUUUUGGCACUGAAGGAAUGCAUUCGGGCAUUGGAUCAGGAGCACACACAUACUCCUUUCCGACAAAGCAAAUUAACUCAGGUGCUAAAGGACUCUUUCAUUGGCAAUUCUAAGACAUGUAUGAUAGCAAAUAUUUCACCGAGCCACGUAGCUACAGAGCACACCCUGAACACUCUGCGAUAUGCUGACAGGGUCAAAGAGCUGAAGAAAGGGAUUAGAUGUUCUACCCCUGUCACAAAAAGGCGUCGCAGAGCUAGAAAUAUAUCUCCAAAACGUGUCCAAAGCACUCCCUCUUUGCCACCUGGGGAAAAGAGCUCUCCAAAAAAAGUGAAGCUAGGCCUUCAGCAUCCCUCAGGUGUUACAAAACCAAAGGCAUAUCUUGGAGCACUCCAGCCACAUGGUGUCCCUCUUACCUCAACCCCCAAGGGAAUUGGCAAGGGACAUGCCUACAAAGGAAAUACCAGCACUCCCUGCUUCCACCACACCACCCCAGUUAAGGGAGUUCUACGGAUAACACAUCCGCUAAGGAAGAAAAAUGAUGAUCUAUCUCCCCACUCCGAAAAGAGCCCCUCGAUGAAGGAUUUCAUUGCCUCAGCAGAAACAAAGGAGAGUGACCAGCACGACAAGUAUAUGCAAAACAGAACACCUGUCCAGUGCCUGAAAGUCCAGACAGUGCAACCUGUUCAGAAACAGCUUGCUCCUAGAGAUGACAAUUCUUUUGGAGAUGGAAGUCUGCCCUCCGACAGUGAACAGGAAUGGGGAAAUACUUUUGCUAAACAGUCUGUUGAACCCUGGGCAUAUCUGCCUCCAUUUCAGAAGGAAAGGGAAGAGCAUUUACGUCUUUUUCACCAGCAGUUUCAGCAGCCGCCUAUUCUAAAGCAAAAAUUGAACUAUCAACCCCUUGAGAGGUUUUUAAUGCAGUACAAGCCUGAGGAGAUUCAAGUGAAACAGGAGCUGAGCCUUUCUCCAACUGAAGUGCAGAACAAAGAGGGGAUGCAGCUGGAAGAUCUGGAUGACAGUGAUUUCAGUGAAGAUUCUUUCUCACCUGUCUGUAGUCAAAAGAGCGUGAAGAGAGGAAGUACCAACAAAUGCAGUCAACAUUCAUUUUUCCUUCAUGAAAGAGAAGAAGGAACCGAAGAAGAGCAAAAAGGCCAAAAGCGACAGGAUUUAUUUUUUAAAUAUGCAAUAGCCAUGCAAGAUCAUGGAUUGGAUUGUAGUGAGGGUAGCCCAAAGGCAGAGGAAUCCAUUAAAAAUGCAGGCUGCAGUGAUACUCCUGCAGACUGGAGCUAUGACUUAGAUGUUGAAUCCUCUCCAAGCAAUACUGCAGAAAAACCAUACUGCCUGCAGGAAGAUCCUGCUUGCAGUUGGAGAAAUGACAAGGAUUUUCUAUCUGAUCACAAAGAGUACAAGUCCAAACCCAGAUGUCUUGUUUACUCCAGUGAAGCCACUUCAAUAUCAGAAAAGGAUGCUUCAAACCCAUAUAUAUCUCCUGUAUUGAAAUCAGGACCUCCAGAGUGCGAAGAGAUUGAUCUCCAGCAUGAGGAGAAGGAAGAAUCCCCUUUGGAUAAAAAGGCUGCCCUUGCAGGAGGUGUACAAUGGAAAACUCGAAAAAAUAGAGUUAGCCACUCUGUUUCUUCCAGUUGUUCCUCAGAAUUCACUUCCGAGCUCAUGGCCCCUCUCCUGCUGUCCCCUCUUGAUGGUGAGGACACAACCAAAACAGAGAAAGCGUCUUCCAGCCUAGAGAAGCCACCCCGCGAGAAGCAGGUGCCGGACGGUGGCGCCCAGAGCAGGUUUGAGGAGGAGGGCUGGCAGUGCACCAGGAGCAGGUCCCUGACCGACAGCAUGCUGGAGCUGGGGGAGCAGCCCCGCCACGGGGGAAGGCUCUGUGCCCUGCUGGGCUCCCCUCAAGCCUCGCCCAAGCGGCUCCUGCACGCCUGCGGCCGUGUGAAGCCGUGCUGCUGCCGCCUGGGACCGGCUUCCUCCAAGCAGGGAGUCCGACGCAGUUUGUUUGGUGGGCAUGGCCCGAUGGAAACAUCCGCAGCUGCGUCCACAGCUGGAUCCACAACUGGAUCCUCGGUCCCCAGGCUGGAGAGAGAGAGUGGGGGGCUUUGCAGUGACUCCCCCUGCAGAGAACACUCGGGAGGCAGACGGUGUGGCGCUGAUGUUAAUCAGCAUAACAAUGCUGGUAAUUCAGGAAAGUCUAACUCAAGUCAAGGGCACCGUGCUGAGGAAAUAAAUGCUGAAAUACCUGAAAUGAGCUAUGCAGCCCAGUCCCCAUCUCGGGAGAGCAGCCUUCUGCUGCAGCCCAAGCCAGGACUGAAGAAUGAGGACCUCAUCCAUUCUGAAGACCCUUCCAAGUCAUUGUUCAGCAAUGAGGAAACAGGAUUGCUAAAAACCAAGUUAAAGCAGAGUAUUUUUGCACAAGACACUUUUGCUGCAGAUGCAGGAUUUGCAACCAAAGAUAAUAAGCCAAUAGCAAAUGCAAAGUGCCCCUCACACAUGUCCAGCAGCAGCUCUCCAAGUCCUGCAUCAGAGAUGGAGAAAUGGCAGAGGGAAGCCUUAGAAAAGGCACAGCAGAUUGUAAUUCGUGCUCAUCAGCAGCAGCUGGAUGAAAUGGCAUGUCUGUGCUUCAAAGAGGAGUGCUUGAUAAAUCAGAUGUCAGCAAUGGAUUUUCAGAAUUUCAUGACCAUGCUGGAUGAAAUCUUGGUACUGAAGUUAAAGUGUGUCCAAGCGAUGCGAGCCCAGCUUCAGCUCUGUUUAUCCUCCCCUGGCACUGACACAUCACUGCAAACACCUCCACGAGUUUAGACCUUCUUUGCUUCCACAUGCACUGGAGCAGCUACAGGAAACCUCAGCCAGCACUUUGUUGCAGUUGGUGCUGCAGAGUGUGGGUGGUAGGGGAUAGCUUUUGGUUUGAAGUUUGUGACUAGUAUGUGUUUUAUACAAGAAUGCAGAAUAUUCUGAGUAAAUGAGAGAUGACUAAUUAGCACCAUAAACUUUGUAUUUCAUUAGUAACAGUAAGCCACGUUUUGAACAGUAACAAUUCAGCAGCCUUAAAUAUCUCACCAAGCAGCAGAAAAGUCAUGUUCACAUAUCAUAGCAGUUUCUCACAUGUUAAAGGCAAUUCUGUGUUGCCAUGUAAGGGAAACACUUUGAAGCCAGAUACAGGUCUGAACAGAAAUGCUCAAAAGCUACCCAGAAAAGCUGCUAUACUUUGCAAACAGAAGCCAGGAAAGAGAGGAUCCAGUGGUUGUUAUACUAACAUGACUGCAUCUUAAGUAUUUGGAAGUCAAGGCAGGGUGUGAAGUGCUGUCAGUUUCAGAGGGAGGAAGCCUAUUAUUGAAUUAGUUCUUGGGAUGAACUCUUCAGAGCUCCUGGAAGGAGGUGGCUUUAAGUUAUGGGUAAGGAGCAUUUUAGCAGGGAUUUCAUACCAAAGAUUCCAUCUGGCACAUUAAUAAGCACAUGGGUUUCAUGCUGCUGCCCAGAGGAAGACACCAGCAGCUGUACCUGCUGCAUACCUCGUCUAAUGCCUGCACUGAGCAGAGCUGAACAGAUUUCUCACAUGAAAAGGGGAUCUGCUUGGAGGCACUGGGCUUCCAGAAGCUGCUGACAGCAUUGUUUUGUGAAACUGGUAUUUGAAUCAAGGCUAGGGAUCCAUCAGUUGGAGCCCUGCAGAAGCUCUGGUGCUGCAUGCAUCACAUCUGAUCCACAAAGCCAGUCCACUUGCUUUGACGGCACAAGUGACCUUGAGACGUGCUCGCUGACAACGCACUGUGUGAGCACUCCCACUCCAAAAUUAGAGCUGUCGCAGCACAUUCAUCUGUCUCUGUGUCUCCUCAGUAAUGCCUGUGGUAGCUCAUUCAAAGCCUGCUCAGUAGCCAGAAAUGCCAAGGAGAAUGAAGCACUGCUGUCUGACCAGCUGUGGGUUUUGCUGCCUGCCUGAGCAGCAGGACAGUAAUUGCAGUGACACUCUGUAAUGCAUAUUUGGUGCAGACACUCCCAGGAAUGUCACCCAGCAUAGGCCUGGGGAACAGAAGCAAAUCCCAUAUCACUGCCCUGACUGUUGGGUUGUUUUUAGCACUGGUUAGUCUCCAUCUUGCAACUGAGACUGGAUUUCUCUGUGGAGCAGAGAGCAGAGUUUCUCUGGUUCUGAGGUGAUAGCUCUCAAAACGGUUCCUGUGUCCUGGUCACAGGCCAGCAGCAAAUCACACCUGAAUCUGGGUUAGAAGCCUCCCUCACUCACCCAGACAGAUGAGGCAUCCAGGAGCAAGACUGGAUGCCAUUUCUGCAUAGCACAGAGCAGUGGUGCCCGACAGCCACCGGAGAGCUGUAAAGCAGUGGGACAUCAGCACUCUGCUAAAACCACACAGGGAGGAACAAGUGCUUAAAACCAGCAAUUCUCUCCUCUUCCUGGGGCCAGGGAGGGCUUUCCUGUGCGUAAGGUGAGGGGAGUACGAGGCAGCUGGGUAGCCUUCCUGACAGCAUAAAUCUGAUGCAGGCACUUAGUUUCCCCAGCACAUUCUCAGUGAGCAUGCAGCAAACACUGCUGUCAGGAACAGCUGAGGAGUUUGGCAAGUCUGUUUGGAACCAAGGAAAAGGUCAGACUGUAGGAUGUGUGCACAGGUCACAGGAAAAUAUGAUGCCAAAUCAGAAACAGUGUGAAGGAGGAAAAUUUUCCCUCCACGUACUGUCACAUUUGGGAGAUGAGUAUUGGUUAAUUGCUCUUUCAGGUUUUUAAAAAGCACGUGAGCAAAGUAUGUUCACAGGCUUUUUGAGCGUCUUACAGAAGCUGGAUAUUCCUAAACAACACUCAAGGAUCAUUUGCACAACCCACAGUGCCAGGUCCUAACCUCAGUAUCUGCAGGCACAAUUGGGAUGAGUGACCAAAAAUUUUUGCAAGCAGAGAAGAGUUAAGUCAGCUGCCAGAUGGGAGCCAGUUGUGAAUAAAAGCAAGUCUCUGGCAGAUCUGAGCCCCAGCACUGAUUCCCAGAGCAGGAACUAUUUGCUCCCUUGAGGAACAGCCAGGAGUUUCUUGGUAUCCACUGAGAAACAACAAAUAAUCAAAACAACCACACACACAAUUUUCCAAGGGAGGUCUGAUACAAUCUUUUUCGUAAGGGGGUUAUCCAGCCAAUCCACAUGACUAUACCUUCUUAAAUAUAUUUUAUUAUGUUUAUUCUCCAAAUUUUAUUUUUUUGACUGAAGGUGAGACUUGACCAAAAUAAAGAAAUAAAGCACCUGGCUGUGAAAAUCAGCUGAUCCUUAGCAAUAACAUGGACAUGCCUGAAGUGCUGCACACCCCAAAGUUACCAACAAUGGUAUCCUCCUAUGCAAUAGAAACUAUCACACUGUUGUCAGAAAUGAUAAUUCUGGUAAUGGCUUUUCUCUCUCCUUUGAGGGUUAUUACCUAGUUGCUUUAAUUUUUGUGCAAAAAUGUGCUAAAUGAACAUUUUAAGUGUCAUCCCCUUCCUACUGUUUGGUAUUUCUGACAACUGCUGCAAAAGGCUUUCACUUCAACUUGAUGAAUAUGUGUUAAAGUGUCAUAAAGGCAAUCAAAGAGAUUGAGAGAGCUUGGCCAUGUACAAUCAAUUAAACAUAGAACUAAAAGGGAUUCACUUUUAUUUGCAGAUGCAACAAUGACUAUUAAUGCUUAUUAGCAGAAGCUUAAUACUUUAUUUCAAUAGUUGACAGAAUUUAAAAUAAAAUUCAAUCUGCUACAGAACUCAGGUAAAAAUAAUUUUGGGUGAACACAAUCAAAAUGCCCAUUUGAUUAACUGCAAAAGACUAAGUGGGGCUGGAAAUCUGUAUAAGCUUCCCUUCUCACAGGGCUUGUUAGGGUGGAGAGUUUCAGAAGCCCUGACCCACCCGAAUGACCCUUCCUGGCCUGGAGAGCAGACAUAGAAAGCUGUUGACACAGGUUCUUGCUCCAGCAAUUUGGGGCAGAAGUCACAAGCCAUUUAGAAAACGCCCUCGGGCACUGGGGCAGCAGUGGCUACCUCUGCAGGAUCAGGAGCCCUCAGCUGCCACGGGGGUAAAGGAUGGCUCUGCAGUAUCAGAGCCAUUUCCAGGCUGCUGCUGUCCAGAACCAGCAGGAGGCAGCUCAAAGAUGCUCUUGUUGAAAGCACAAACACCCGUUUAGGUUCUGCCUCUACACUUCUCACCAAGGCACACAGCCUUCCGACAGAACCUGUGAAAAACGCACAGGAGGGACAUAAAUCAAUGUGACCUGACAGCCUAAGGAAAAGCUCUGAGGUGUGACCAGGGGUGCAGCCAAUCUCAACAGCCAGCAGCAGGGCAGAGCCCAGCCUUGCUUCAGCCAGCAGGACCUCCCCACACCCACAAUGAACUGUGCCUGGACAGAACAGUACCAGAUUAACAAGUGCAGCAAAGCACUCUGAACAUUGAAUUCUGGUCACACUGGGUCUCGUUACAUAUUCAUUCAGCAAUUCCUCUUCUCUAAGCCACUCCCUUAAUCCCCUCACUUUGGCAUUUUCUUCUCUGAGAUGCCAACGCAGGAAUACACUUCAUGCCUUCGGCCACCCAACAAUUUUAAUCCAGAAAUGUCCCUGCCAAAGCAAGAGUAGUGUCACCAGGGUAGGCCCGGGUAGGCACAGCUCUCUGAAAUAAGACCUUGCAUCUUCACAGGUGCCACUUCCCAUCUUCACCUCCCUGCUCUCACCUUCACAAGAGCUCUGAAAGCAAAGUUGUUAUUCUAUGGCGUUAAGAGCCAGACCUUGCAGGGGAGCUGUGAAAAAACAACGCACACUAAUACAAUCAAUCAGAUAUUAUUUUAUUAGAGGUUUGGUCUAAAUAGUUGUUUCUUUGUUGGCAGAGUUCUUACCCCUUCAGGACUGUCUGGUACCAGACAGGGACUCACUGGGGUAGCAAUUCUGAGAAAACCAGAACAAGCAACACAACUGAAUCCUCUCAGCAGUGACAGUAAAACAGUUUGAAUUUUGUUUUCAAGGUUUUCCAAUUAAUCAAGAACCCCAUUUCCUCACUUCACUGUUGCAUUUAUCACCUGGGAAGGAAGAAAAGCUGAGCAUUACCUGCACUCACAGAGGCAGCAGCUGCUGCCCCACCACCUGUUGAAUGUCCUUUUUAGACAAGCUUUAUUUCAGCUCCACCACUAGAAAAUGGUGAAGGUUAACACUAUGAAGUAUGUGCAAGGCAACCUGCCCUGCUCCUCCUCAUCAUCCCUCUCCACAUUUCCUAGACACUUGCCAGCAGAUCCCUUUCUUGCAUCAUUUUAUAUAAAUGUGUGUAAUUCACACAGUUGGAAACCCCACAGAGAAUUCCAGGAGUGCACAGUGGGCCCAAAUUAGAUGUUUUGGUCAUAGAAAAUUAACAACAUAAUGGAGACAAAUGCCAUCCCCUUUGGAGUCCUGAUGAGCUGAAACCUACUGAAAAACAGACUGAUGCAAUGAGCUGAGAUGUUUUGCCCUCCAGCAGUCCAAUGCUCCAGCUCCAGGUCUAAUGUGAAUCUGGAUCCCUAAGCUGGGAUUUUGACAUAAAACAAAAAAAAAACAAAAA